AUGACCUGUUCACUAGGUUCCACGGAUUCAUUAGACAAGAAUAUAGAAAACUUUUGGAAGUUAGAAAGUUACGACAAUGACAAGGCGCAAAAACUAUCAGUAGGCGAAAAAUAUUGCGAACAAUAUUUUGAGCAGACUACUAAUCGAACCAACGAUGGAAGAUUCAUAGUUAGAUUACCAUUUCGCGAAAAAAACCUUCCUAUUGGCAAUAACAAGGAAAUCGCGUUGAAAAGAUUGUAUCAGCUAGAGCGCAGGUUCAAGGGUGACGAAGCCUUUCGCAAGCAAUACCUUAAAUUCAUGUCCGAAUACGUCGAGUUAAAUCAUAUGUCGAUCGUGAAUAAAUCAAUUCAAGAUUCACGACCCAUAGUAUAUCUCCCUCAUCAUGGAGUUUUCAAAGAUAACAUUAAUAAUACCAAACUUCGCGUCGUUUUUGAUGCGUCAGCGAAAAAUAACCAAGGUGUAUCUUUGAAUGAUGCACUUCUCAUUGGUCCCGUAUUGCAGGACAAUUUAAUUGAUAUAGUUUUGAGAUUCAGAUUCUAUAAGGUAGCUAUUACAGCGGAUUUGCAAAAAAUGUACCGUCAAGUAUUGGUACACCAUGAUGAAAGAGAGUUUCAACGUAUCUUAUGGCGAUUUUCACCCGACGAGCCUGUACAGGAAUAUCAUUUGAAUACUGUUACAUACGGACAAUCCUGUGCGUCAUAUUUAGCUAUAAGAUGUCUGAGACAACUCGCUUCAGUAGAACUGGAGCAUCAUCCGCUAGCGGCUCGUUCAUUGUUGAAUGACACUUAUGUGGACGAUAUAAUCACAGGAGCAGACACGAUCGAGGAUGCAUGUAUUUUGCAAGGGCAAUUGAUAUCUUUAUUAGCCAAGGGGUGCUUCGAGGCACACAAGUGGUGCUCGAACGCAGUAGAAGCAUUGGACGGUGUACCCGCGAAUUUGCGUGAAUUCAACACAAAUUUGAGUCUCAGCAAUAGCGACGUCACCAGAACGCUAGGCCUUGAAUGGAAUCCGGUGUCCGACGAGCUUCAGUUCACUGUACAGUCAUUGGAAGAUGCAUCCUCGAAGCGUGCCGUGCUUUCGGUUAUAAGCAAAUUAUUCGAUCCGUUAGGAUUAGUUGGUCCCGUUAUGACCACAGCCAAAAUUUUGAUGCAGGGAUUGUGGGAAAUAAAAACAGGUUGGGACGAUCCCCUUCCUGAUGCGUUUUUAAAUAAAUGGCGAACCUUUCAGCAAAGUUUGAUGGAUGUAAACUUGAUACGGAUUCCACGUAUAGUCACUAAUAUAUCAAAGGCGGGCCGAGUCAUUGUACACGGGUUUUGCGAUGCGUCCGAAAACGCAUACGGUGCUUGCAUUUACAUACAAUGGAAAGGCGAUACUUCCGACGAAAUAUCGGUUGGCUUAUUAUGUUCCAAGGCAAAGGUUGCUCCCCUGAAAAAGCAAUCUAUACCGCGAUUAGAGCUAUGCAGUGCUUUGUUAUUAUCAAAAUUAAUUGUCAACGUGAAACAAGCCAUACAGGUAAAGGUAGUUGAAACACACGCUUGGUGUGACUCGAUGGUCGUGCUAUAUUGGAUACGUGGAGAUGCUUCGCGUUGGAAAUCCUUCGUCUCCAACCGCGUGACCAAAAUUGUCGACAACCUGCCUGCCGCCAAUUGGAGGCACGUCAAGAGUUCCGAGAACCCGGCAGACUUGCUAUCAAGAGGCGCCACACCUGUCAAGAUAAGAGACAAUCGGCUAUGGUGGUACGGACCAAAAUGGUUAUCAGAAUCACUGCGUCCAGCGCACGGCGAAGAACUCCAUCCAAACGCUCUUGAAAGCGAUAUGGCUGAUGCUGAAAUCGAGGCGAAGGGGAGGUCUCAUCUGUGCCAUUUAAAUAUACAGCAAUUUUCCCCGAAUGAAUCGCUUCACAGGCUCAUUCAAGAUUGUUCAACAUUGACGAAAAUAGAACGAUCGCUCGCUUAUUGCCUUCGUUUCCUCCACAACUGUCGUAAGGAACCACGCGACAGAUUACGGACUAGACUAACUUUGCAAGAAAUAAAUGAAUCCCGACGAAUGAUAAUCAAGUACACUCAGAGUUUUUAUUUCCAAGAGGAAUUGGGAAAUUUGCAAGGCCAAGGACAGAUGAAAGCCUCAAACAAGCUAUAUCAGUUACAUCCGUUCCUGGACGAAAACGGUAUUUUACGAGUGGGUGGUCGUCUUCAAGAGGCGCCCUGGACCUUCGAAAGGAAACAUCCUAUUUUGCUGCCUGCAAAAUGCAAGAUUACCCGUUUAAUCGUGGAAAGAGCACACCGUUUAUUACUACACGCAAAUCAGCAAUUAUUGUUGGCAUCAAUACGACAGCAAUACUGGCCAUUAAACGCCAGGAGCAUAGUUCGUCAAGUUUGCCGGGCAUGCAUUUGGUGCGUCAGAAACAAUCCUAAAGGGCUUACGCAAGCCAUGGGACAUCUGCCCAGCAACAGGAUCAAGCCAUCGCGUGCAUUCUCUGUAACCGGAAUCGACUAUGCUGGUCCCAUUAUCACUCUACUCAACAAAGGUCGAGGCAAGAAAACAUGCAAAUCAUAUGUGGCUUUGUUCGUUUGCUUCGCCACAAAGGCGAUACAUUUGGAAGUAGUGAGUGAACUAUCAACAGCGGCAUCCAUAGCCACACUGCGUAGAUUUGUUGGGCGUCGCGGAGUCCCACGCAAAAUUUGUAGCGACAACGCCACGAACUUUGUCGGCGCUAAAAGGGAGUUAGAAGAGAUAUACUCUUUUGUCCGCUCGUCUAUCAAUGGUCCAGCCAAUGAUACGUUGCUAGAAUUGGGUAUUGAAUGGAGCUUCAUUCCACCGUAUUCUCCGCACUUAGGAGGCCUCUGGGAAGCCGGAGUCAAAACAUGCAAAUAUCAUUUGAAACGAGUAAUGGGCAACAAUCUGCUCACGUUCGAGGAGCUAUCCACUGUUUUAAUCCAGAUUGAAGCUUGUCUAAAUUCCCGGCCAUUAGCCCCGCUGUCCGCGGAUCCUUUGGACCUCCAACCAUUAACCCCAGGUCACUUUCUCACGGGCGCGCCAUUGACAAGCAUACCAGAAGUUGAUUUGUCGAACAUUCGAAUCAAUCGUCUCGAUCGAUGGGAAGCAGUACAGCGCACGGUUCAAGAUUUUUGGAAACGGUGGGCGGCUGAGUAUGUGGCCAACCUUCAAGGCCGUGUUAAGUGGAAAACCCGCCAAGAAAACCUCAAGGAAAACGAUCUUGUGUUACUACAAGAAGAUAAUCUUCCAUCCCUCAAGUGGCGAAUGGGUCGAGUAAGCCAGAUCCAUGCUGGCAAGGAUGGACUGGUGAGAGUUGUUACAGUUCGCACCGCCAACGGUCUAAUCAAGAGAUCAAUCGCCAAACUUUGCAAACUACCGAUGGACGAAAAAUCGAACAAGAAAGAUUAG